GGGGCGGCCAGUGACCGGUCGUCAGUCGAGUGGUGUACCGAGCGCGGUCAGCUGCACUGUUCGGAGCGACCGACGGACGCGGACGGACGGAGCGCCCGUACAGCGGAGAGAGAGUGGACCGGCCGGUGUGUGACGGGCAGUCCCGGAGAGCGGACCCGCCAACAGACCUGCUCGGAGAUAAUUUCCAAGGAGCGACGCACAGCCUCGAGAUUCCAUCGCCCGUUGGUGGCCUUAGUCUCACGCUGCAUCAGCCAGGAGUGCUGGAUAGCCCAAGUGAUACCGCGGAGAAUCGACGGCCUGUGGCCAACCUGGAUGCUAACAUUCUCUCCUCGUGACAUCACCUAACAUCGAAACGAUGGAGAUCCUCGGACUCGUCAUAACACCUAUGAUGUUCUCGUGCAUCAAAGGACUACUGGUCACGGCCGCUGUUCUGUUUGCACUGAGCUUCAAGUUCUGUGACAAUCCGGUACUGAAAUGCAUGCCGAGAAGGACUCGGCCCCUCAUUGGGAACCUUCUGGAUCUUCCCACUUCCCUGACCACGCUCAUCCCCACCAUGCGCAUGUGGGUCGAGUACUUCCCAGGCAUCUGUUACGGCUACGUGCUCUGGUUCCACUACGUACUGGUCUCGACGGCCGAGUACGUCGAACCAGUGAUGAACAGCAAGAAGUUCCUCAACAAGGGCCUCGACUACGACUCCCUGCGCCCGUGGUUCGGCGAGGGUCUACUGACCGGUUCUGGAGAGCACUGGCACAAGCACCGCAAGCUGCUGACGCCGACCUUCCACUUCUCGAUUCUGGACCAGUUCCUGCCCAUCUUCCAGCAGCACAGUCAGGCGCUGGUUCGCACCCUGCAGGAGCGCGUGCAGCGCUCGUCCACCGUGAACGUGUGGCCUCUGGUGGGCGACACGACGCUGGACGCCAUCUGCCACACUGCCAUGGGUGUGGAGCUCGGCGCGCGUGAGGACGCCUACCGACGAGCCGUCAUCGAGAUGGGCAACAUCGUGCAGCAAAAGUCCAUCCGGCCGUGGCUCCGCAUUCCGUUUGUGUUCCGCAUGCUCGGCAAGGAGCAGCACCAGAAGGACACACUGGCCAUCCUGCACGGAUUCUCGCGCUCGGUGAUCGCCAAACGACGCCAAGAACUCCUGGAGGAGGGCCACCUCGGUGACAGCGGCUUCUGCAUCGAGGACAUGCCCGUGACGAAGAGACGCCUGGCUUUCCUCGAUCUUCUCAUCAUGACAGCGCAGGAUGGCGCCGUCAUGAGCGACGAAGAUAUCCGCGAAGAGGUGGACACGUUCAUGUUCGAGGGCCACGACACAACUACUUCGUGCAUCAACUGGGCACUGUACAACAUCGCCCGCUCUCCAGACGUUCAGCGCAAGAUUGAGCGCGAGCUCGACGAGGUGUUUGCCGGUGAUGACCGUGCGCCGUCUCGCGAGGACAUCGGCAACCUGAAGUACCUCGAGUGCGCCAUCAAAGAGUCGAUGCGUCUGUUCCCUCCUGUGACGCUCUUCAGUCGGAGGACGUACGAGACGGCACAGAUCCGCGAGUACGAGAUCCCGCCGGGCAUCGACAUUCUCAUCUUCCCAUACAUGAUCCACCGCGACCCCAACCACUGGCCGGAGCCGGACCGCUACGACCCUGACCGCUUCCUGCCGGAGGCGAUGAAGGGCCGACACCCCUACAGCUACGUCCCCUUCUCAGCAGGGCUGCGAAACUGCAUCGGCCAGCGCUUCGCCAUGCUGGAGGUCAAGAUCAUGGUGGCCGCCAUCCUGCGCAAGUUCUGGGUGGAGACCAACGAGAAAUAUGAGGAUCUCGUCUUCGAGAUGAGCCUCACCAUCCAGAAGCACGGGCCGCUCAACAUCAAGUUCGUGCCCAAGACGCGAAAGGCGGAGAUGAUCCGUUCCGGUUGAGAGAGACGCGCGCCGCACUAUGCAUCCGGUUAGAGCACAAGCUGCUUGGCUGCCCAAACGUCAGCGGUGACGCACUCCGGUGUAUGAUAUCAUUAAACCGGAUGCUUUGCAAAGUGCAUGGUCUAGAUUUAGACAAAGUCGAGCAAGGUGGGAGCUUCCGCAAUGACAGGGAAUGUCCGCUGAAUCAGUGAUGAUAGCUGAUUUUGCGCUCGACAACUCAACUUGAUAGGGUCAGUUGAAGACUUAUAUUGAGUCAAAGCGUGUUUCGCUUCGGUGGCAUUGUGAUGAAGUCUCCAGAGUGAAUAAGUUGUGGCUUUACGGGUGUGGGGUUUGGCUGUGGAGAUGGCUCAUGUGAUGGCUUCAUAUACAUCAUUAACCUUUUCGGUACGAGUGUCAUGGACAAGUGCAGCGGCCAGAAAUAACAUCAAACCACUUGCGCUAGUGAACGGACUGGUGCGUGUGCUGCUUAUCUAGCAUGACUGGCAGCAGUGACUCGUAGUCGGUACCAUGUUCAUUGUUCAGUGCUCUCUGCCGUGACUUCUGUCUACCGCUAAUCGGCUUUUCACACUACACCUAUUACGCAUGCUUGCUUAUCCCGAGUUGCUCGGUGUACCAAUAGCGAUCUUGCGGGUGGUCAGUGAGAUGUCAAUCGUUCAGCUGAGUGUAUAUUAUUGUACGUUCACAUUGUUAUUGUUCAGGCUUUUCUUAGUCUUCGCCUAGGCCUGAAACAACUUGGCAUCUUAGUGUUAUAAGAUUAGUAGGUCGAAAGGUACAACUGUCCAUGGAUUCUGUACAACGUGUCAUCCUGUCCGACAUGUGUUAUAUCCUUGUGAAAUAUGUAUGAGCCUUUAGAAGGUUGUGUUUUUAAUAAACGCCACGUUGA